UGAGUUCCGUCACCGAGCUGCCGAGUCCAGCCGGUUCCUUCGCCGAGAUCAGCUGGACACCGCUGUCCCGCAACGCGAAGGCUUGGCGUGAAAAGCCCGCCGGUGACUCCCUCCAUGACCGUCCCCGCCGAAGACACACCCAGCAUCGAGUCGAUCGAUGUUUUUGCACGGCAGCAGUAUCGUCGCGCUCGCAGCGCUGGCACCGAUUUCGUCGACUUGGCUAUAGCGCUCCGCAACCUACACACGGCCAUCAGGCACCUCUAUGCCGAGGCCCAGGACCCGGACUCCCCCUUGCACCAGCCGCACCCUGCCACCUGCGAGAACCGCGAUUCCGCUUAUACGAGGCUGUUAAGGGCGCUUGUUGAGGACAGCGACUUUGCCCUCAAGCAGGUCAACACCGUUAUCGAGAGGCACGGGGAUAACCCAGCGGUCGGCCGUGAUAUCGGAAGCGGCCUCGCGAGGGCGAAUUCCGGCCCGGCAGAGAGGCGUCGAAGGGUCGACCUCAUCCGGGGAGAUAUCAUCUCCCAGACCAUGAAGAUCGACUUGUUCCUCGACACUGUUCGACUCCACAAUCCCGCCAAGGCCCGCCGUACCCACGAGCACUCCGACGACCACCGGCCCGAGAUGAUCAAGGACAAGCUGGAUGCCAUCGCCAACCGCCUGUUCCAGGAGAGGAAGGGCCAGUCGCCCAUAGACGUGGACGAGGACGCGCUAUGGCGCCGUUUCAUCGCCGAGUUGGAGCGGGAGGGCUUCUCGCCCGAAGUCCUGCGCGAGAACGCGGAAGUAAUCCGUGCAUACAUCCGUGAGCUCAAGUCUCACCAGGCGCUUGGCAGCGGAACGCCACCCUCUGUCCAUGGGCUGCUUGCCUGGGAUAACAGACCGUCCAUGUCGACCGCGACUGGGUCGCACGCAGCCCAGGGCAAGGAGUCGAUGCCCAGUUCUGACAACAAUUCGCUCAGCGACCAAGGCCGCAGAAGGGCUCCAGCGUCCGAGAGCGCGGAUGCCCCGCCGCUCUGCCCGCAGCCUCGCCCGGCCGUCAACGUCAAUCUUCCGCCCCGGCUGAGCUUCGAACAAUCCACCUCGUCGGAAUCGUCCGACACCGAAGCCAGCCCGUCAUCCCACAUGGCGCUUAUCUCAACCCGGGAGCUCAUUGCUCUCGAUCGUUACUCGGCCGAUAAGAUGGCUGCCCUCUCUGGCGCGUCGCUGCUGUCGCCUGCCCAACCCCCGUUUUCCUUCAUCUCUCCAGGCACGUCCCCUCACGCGAGGUAUCUACCUCCUGGAACUCAACCCUUGUCCAUACCUGGGCCCGCUGGCUCCUCGCAUGACUCUCAAGCGGUCACGUUUCCCCCAGCGUAUUCGAGCGAUUUAUCCCCAGGCUCACCGCCACCGCCGUAUGGCACCAGCUUGACAGUCUCGACGGAUGGCACCCAGCAUCCUCCCGCCUUUCCCGCGUCGGCACCUGCCGCAGGUAAUCCCAUACUCCAGUACCACCCCCCACCACGGCAAUACAGCCACCUAGCACCCGAUAGCAGGGGUCAAACAAUACCCCUGGACGCCACCUGGACCAAGAUCGAUCGCAAGUUUGUGUCCCCCGAGGUGCUCGAGCAAGCCGGGGUGCGAUACGAAGCCAGACCCAGCUUCGUCGCCGUGCUCGGCAUCUUGACCCGGGAAGAGAUCGAGGAGUUCGCGAGGAGGAGCUUCGAGGUCCGCAGGGCGAGGGGCGCGGCUGCCCCCAGACCCGGGACUUCCCAGAGCCGAGGCGGCGUCGACCGCUCGCGCCAAGACACGCACGGGGACCGAGAACGAAGAAGAAGAGGAAGAGGAGUAGCAGCCGGAGGAGGGGGAGCCAGUGGGCGAGCGAGAGGCGACAGCUCGGACGCGCUCUCCGACACGAGCGUGAGCGACUCGUCCGAUGACGACGACGACGAAGUCGAACAAGGCCGCCGCAGAGGCAGCGGCCACCAGCCGAGUCGCGAUCGCGGCCGGUACACGCCCCGCGCCUACCGCCCGAGCCGCAGCAGCAGCAGCAGGCCCCUUGAUGACAGCGACGACGACGACGAGGAGCACGGCCCUGCCAGGGCGUACCCGACCAUCGUGUCGCCGCCGGCGAGCGUCAACGGCGACGGCGUCUCGCCGGCGAGCACGGUCGCGCCGAAGCCGAUCCUCAAGAACAAGAACCCGAACCGCGUCCGCUUCGACCGCAGCGGGCCGAGGGAGAUCUCGCCGGCGGAACACUCCGAUCGGACGCGCCGCGGAGAGCGAGAGCGUGACAGGGAUCGAGAUCGAGAUCGAGACCGGGACCGGGACCGACACAGGAGGGAUAGGAACCGGUCCCGCGACAGGUCCCGCGACAGGGAUAUCAAGGCCAAGGACAAGGACAGAGAUCGAGAUCGCGACCGGGUCCGGGACCGUGACCGUGACCGCGACCGCGACCGCGACUCAGACCAUCGCUCUGGCAGGAGACACCACGACCGGGACCGCGAUCGCGACCAACGGGCCCGCAACGGCGGCGGCGGCGGCGGCAGCGGCGGAGACGAGCGGGCCUCCAGGCGGAGCGCGCUGAGGGAGGCGGCCGGGGCCAUCGGCGUCAGCGGCGCUGCCGGCAUGCUGCUCAGCGUCUUGACGCAGGCCGUGAAUCAUCUCUGAGGCGAAGCACUCCAUUCAUUAUUUCUCUGUGUGUGUGGAGGGGAAGGAACAAGGAGCAGGAGGAGUCCCGGGCGGGCCAACGAUGAACGAUAUUCUUCUGUCUUCGGGAUGUGCACCUUGAUACCCACAUUUUACACUACGACAUGUAAUGAGGAUGAUGACGAGUCUGGGAUGGGGG